UUUAGAAUCGUUUGAGCACUCGAGAGAGCAACAUCAUUUCCAUAGAGAAACGUAGAGAAUCUGUUGUCCGACAAUGAUUGGAAUAGUUUUGCUGGUUGCGGCCGUCACACUGCUUUAUGUGUACCUCAAAUGGACAUUCAGCUACUGGGAUCGCCAGGGUUUCCCCUCGGCGGGUGUCACCAUACCUUUUGGCGCCUUGGAUUCCGUGCGGAGGGGCAAACGAUCCUUUGGAAUGGCCAUCUAUGACAUGUACACUGCCACAAAGGAGCCCGUGAUGGGCAUGUAUCUGACGCUGCGUCCUGCCUUGCUGGUGAGGGAUGCCAAGCUGGUGAAUAAUAUUUUGGUCAAGGAUUUUGCCAGCUUCCAUGAUCGUGGCAUCUAUGUGGAUGAGAAGAACGAUCCCAUGUCGGCCAGUAUAUUUGCCUUGGAAGGCAGUAGCUGGAAAAAUUUGAGGGCCAAGCUAACGCCCUCGUUUACAUCGGGAAAAUUGAAGGCCAUGUUCCCGACUGCUGAGGCAAUUGGCGAUAAGAUGGUGGCACAUUUGAAUAACACAUUGCCACAAGAGGGUAGCCAGGAGGUUGAACUAAAGUCCUUGAUGUUAACUUAUGCUGUGGAUAUCAUUGCAUCGACAAUCUUUGGCCUGGAUGUGGAUAGUUUUGCUGAUCCCAACAACGAAUUUCUGGCCAUCACAAAAACCAUCAAUCAGAAUAGUUUUGAGGAUAUUCUACGCGGCACCACAUCCUUCCUGUAUCCAGGAUUGGAGAAGAUUUUUGUACGCUUGGGUUGGACUCAGGAGGGACCUGAACGCUUGAGAGAACUCUCCCAUCGCACUGUGGAUCUUAGGGAGGAGAAAAAUAUCGUGCGACGCGAUCUGUUGCAACUGUUGUUGCAGCUCCGAAACACUGGACAGAUUAGCAGCGAUGAUGGCAUGUGGUCGGCGGAGAAUAACAGCAAGGGACUGAAAUCCAUUUCCAAAGAUUAUAUUGCCGGACAGCUGUUUAUUUUCUAUGUGGCUGGCUAUGAGACGACAGCCUCAACGGCGGCAUUUACCAUCUACGAGCUGACCCAGAAUCCAGAGGUGAUGGCAAAGGCCGUGGAGGAUGUGAGGAGUGCGCUGGAGAAGCACGAUGGAAAGCUAACCUACGAUGCCAUACAGGACAUGAAGUAUCUGGAUCUGUGCGUAAUGGAGACUGCACGCAAAUAUCCUGCUCUGCCACUGCUGAAUCGUGUCUGCACACAGGAAUAUACAGUGCCCGAUAGCAAAAUGGUCAUCAAAAAGGGCACACCCAUUAUUAUUUCCCUGAUUGGAAUGCAUCGCGAUGCUGAGUACUUCACAGAUCCAUUGGCAUACCAGCCAGAGAGGUAUUUGGAUGAGAAUAAGAACUUUAAUCCAGCGGCCUAUUUGCCCUUUGGCGAGGGUCCGCGUCAUUGCAUUGGUCUUCGCAUGGGCAAAGUCAAUGUUAAGCUUGCAGUGGCCAAGGUGCUCUCAAAUUUCAACCUGGAGAUGCGCAAGGAGAAGCGGGAGAUCGAGUUCGGUGUAUAUGGCAUACCCCUGAUGGCCAAAGGCGGAGUUCCCGUCUGUAUAUCCCGCAAAAAGUAACCGCCCCACAAAUGUCUCCGUCUAGUUUUAAUUUCUUAGAGUUAAUAAUAAAUCAAAUAGUAAACCAAA